AAAGUUUGAACUCCCGCCUGGCGGCCUCGUUCCCCGUUGUAGAUCCUAGGGCACAGGAGGGAUCCCGAAACCUCUCGACGGAGGCUGCUGAAGGUGGCGAUUGAGGCGGUCGCGAACUGUCGGGGGUGAUUUCGCUUAUCUUUUGUCGGAUUUGUUGAGGGCUUUGAGUUCUGUUUGCUGAUGUGCGCCUAGGACAUUGUCCUUGAGCUUCGAUGGCGAGCCCCCGAAAAAGAGUGGACAUUCAGCACCUUCUUUCACUCGGAGAUGAUCUCCUAGGUGUUUUGAAGAAUAAGAAGGAUGAGGAAGGGAUGAUGAAAAUCAUGGAAGGGUUGAAGCUGCUUUCUUCCUCAUGUCAAGUUGAUGCCAAUGAAACUGAGAAGUCAAUAAAAGAUUAUCAGAAAAAGAUACAAUCAUGCAAAGAGAAUAUUGACAGAAUAAAAGAUGGAACAGAUCCUGAUGUUGAACUUGAACAUCUUCAACAUCAGUUGGAUGAGAAACUGCAAGAGGAACAACUGCUACAGCAAGAACUAAGAGUAAUUAGAGAUGAACUCAUUGAUUUAGAACAUCAGAGAGUUUCUAUUGAAGAGCGUAGGGACACGUUCAAGAAAAGAGAGAAGGAUUUGGAUAGAGCACGAAAUUUGCUUUCCAUGUGUGCUUCCGUGACCAAUAUCAUUCCAGAUUUUGAAGACCCAACCAAGAUAUCUGGCAUGGUUGUGGAUAGGAACAAGAAGUCAGUCAAGAAAUUUGAGUAUGAGAGAACAGAAUCUCCUCUUGAUGUUUGCAACAAGCUGUGGAAGAUGGUGUAGAUGUGUCAUGACUUGUUUUUGCUCCAGCUAAUUGCAUUUUUGUCAUUCUCUGAACACGCCACUUUACUCUGAUGAUGAACAAACACUAAUCGAGUUCUGGUUAUCCUUAUCAUCAGUGUAGUUCUCUCUAGUAAAUUUAGCAAUAAACUUUUUUUUUAUAUUUCGAAAGCAGUGUUUAGUUGCCACUACAACACUGAAUUACUCUAUGUUGCUCUUGUUAUUAGUCCGGAUUAUAUGUUGUCACUUUGUCAAGUUUCUACUUUCCCCUGUAAAUUCAUCGCAUUGUGUGUUUGCAAUACGAUCAUAUGAUGAUAAUGUGUGU